GACAUACUACUCGAGUACUACUUCGUCAAUUUCUACACUCAUAUCGUCUCAUUGUCUGAACAUCGUCUCAAACAUCAUCGCGACGAUGCUUUCGAGAUUUUUCAAAUCGGGCGGUCGACUGGCAAAUUCGCCAUGGAAUUCGACACCUCUGCGCUACUUUUCCUCUUGUCCAGUCAACCAGAUAUCCAGAGCGAGAUACGACCAAUUACGCCUUGAUCCCGAGAAGCACAAAGUCUACGUUGAAAAAACCCGAGCGUAUAUGAGGCAGCGACGAAAAGAUCCAGAACAUUGUGCCAAGCUACGUGUUCAAAAGGAAAAGACUUAUGCUCGUGAGAGCUUCCGCCGAGCAAGACUUCUCCAUAUGUGGUGUAAUAGGUAUGUGUGGUUUCGUGAGGAACUGCCUUGGAAGUCUCGUCGUCCUCUUGUGCUUUCUGAGCCCACGAAACACUACUGUGAAGGCUGCGAAUACACGCGGUUUGGAGGCAUGAAGAUGUGGUGGUUCGAUUCUGAAAGCUAUAUGUGCAAUGCGUGCUACGCGAAGGCGGACUGGAACGAGGUGAUGCCUAAAGGCUACGAGGACUGCAGAAAUAUCAAGGAAGUAGCUGCACGGAAGGAGCAGCUCGGCGCGUUGCCUGAUGCAAACAAGCCAAAUUCAGUAUCAUGAUCGACUAGACCGAAAGAAGCACAAUAUUACCCCACUAUCAACAUGCAUAUUUCUUGCCGCGAGUGGCGCAUAUGCAGUGGAGACAUCUUCAUACGCUCCCUUUAGACGAUCACACUUAGACGAUAACCACCCUGCCUUUCGACAGGUCUAUGCCAAGCCUCACAAGGAAGACGAAGCUUAAGAGGGUU